UACCCAACGGUCCGUUGACGGUGAGUGCGGUAGGAGACGGAGUAAAAGAUACAGUUGUAGGGAGCAUUAUUGGUUUACCGCCAAUAUGAGAGACAUGUUUGUAGGUCGUUGCUGAAGAGCUGAAGUUUCGAAGAGCAAAGCCCAGUCGCGCUCGAGGAAUCAUCGGGUGAAGCAGACUUUUCAAUUUGCCGGCCGGCAAUUUAACCUCAACUGGUCCCUCGACGUAUCGAAAGCCUUUGGCUUCUUUCCAGCUUCUUUCUCUCCUUGAACUUUUGCACAAUAAUCAUGUCCGUUUGUCCACCCUAUGCACCCUUCUUUGGCUUUGCAGGUGUAGCUUCUGCAAUGGUACUUAGUACGAUUGGUGCCGCGUUUGGCACUGCCAAAGCUGGAAUUGGUAUUGCAGGCCUUGGGACGUUCAAGCCGGAGUUAAUCAUGAAGUCACUUAUACCUGUUGUCAUGUCUGGUAUCAUUGCCGUGUAUGGCCUUGUCGUGUCAGUGCUAAUAUCCGGGGCACUAACACCGGAAGGCUAUCCCUUGUUUGCUGGCUUUAUCCACCUUGGAGCAGGACUUGCUUGUGGGUUCACUGGGCUCACUGCUGGAUAUGCCAUUGGGAUAGUGGGCGACGCGUGUGUGCGAGCAUACGUGCAAGAAUCAAAAGUGUUUGUAUCAAUGGUACUCAUUCUGAUUUUCGCAGAAGUUCUAGGGUUGUAUGGUCUAAUCGUGGCAUUGAUAAUGAAUUCAAAGGUAGCCGGCGGUGUAGGGGACAUAUGCUACAGCUAGUUUACUCCUGAGUCGUUUGAUACAGCAUUUCAACAUCUUGGACAUUUU